GUGUGUGUGUGUGUGUGUGUGUGUUAGGCUCCGCCCCCUCUGCAGGAGUUGUGCUCCGCGCUGCUUCAGUCUGAUCAGAUCAGAGUCACGCGGCGCUGCUGUCUGUCUCUCCGUGUGUCUCUCCGUGUGUUUCUCCGUGAGCCUGUCCUCAGUGGAUGAGCGGAAGCACGCGUGUGUUCUGCGGGAAUCCGUCUGUUUCAGCGCAGACUCCUGUGCUGCACGUUAUGACCAAACCUCAUCAUCCGUGUCUGUAGGGUCCGAUCAGACGGGAGCUCGAGGUCUGCUUUACAAUGUCUGCGUGUGGAGAGUUUGCAGAGCACGUGUGGAAACCAGGCUCCUGUAAGAACUGCUUCCAUCCUCGCAGCGCUCACGAACAGACCGGCUCGACGGGAGCCGCUUGUGUCCCAACGAGUCUGAUCGGGGAAGACGAGGAUGGGGUGACGUCUCCCUCUCCGUAUAGCAAACCCACCAUCGCUGUCAGACCCACCAUGAUGAACAUGGACGUCACAGCGGAGGUUAUGAUAGACAUUAACAUGAAUACAGAACAGAACAACCAGAAGACCUCUGUAGGACUGAAGAAAGCUCUGGAUUUGGCUCCUCUGUACAUCGAAAGCAAUGGAUGUAAUAAACCUCUUAGAGAAACCAUAAUACCAAACGGCAUCUCUGGAAAGAAUUUCUCCCAAAACGUUUGUUCUCCCACUGGAUUAUCCAAGGACUGCAUGAUUAUCAGCAAUAUAAUUGUGAGUCAAGAAGAUGGCUGUGUUCCCCACAGUCUGAAAGAGAACGGGAACAGUGACUCCUAUAGACAGAUGAGCAAAGCGGUCAAGAGCACUUACACCAAUGGAGAUACAUAUCUUCAUAAUGGGACUGGAAACAGUGAUGGAGUUACAAGUCCUCUAAGGGCAUCCGUAGGGGAAAGGCAGGGCAGAACUGCACCAGGGAACACGGUUAACGGAUCGUCCAAUGAGACGCCAGGUACUUCACCAUCUCCAGUGACUCCAGACUCCUUCCACAAAAGCCUGUCGGACUCGUGCUCCAAUCGGAGCAGCGUGGAUUCGUCACCAGGACUCCGGAGUCCUCCAAGCGUUCCACAAAAUGGGCUCGAGGGAAGAGAGCCGAUCUAUGCCGAGAGCACCAAGAGGAAAAGACGACUCAAUGCUCAGAGCGAUGGGAAGGCUCCGCAGUCCUCCGAGUCUGAAACCGAGGUCAACGUAAGCGACAAUCAAAGAGCGACUAUUACAGUCAUGGCCGCCCACACUGAGGAAAACAACCGGACGUUCUACUUGAGCAGCCCAGAUUCUGCCGUAAGCACCCAAUGGACCCAUUUCAGCCCAACCACGCCCAAAGACCAAACGAGCCCAGCGUUCACUUGGCCAAACGCUCCUGAUGCCACUGAAUCCACCCAACCCAAGCCUCAAUCAAGUCCUCUGGUUCCCCCUAAGAUCAGCACACGUCCACCCAGACUUGGUACCUCCAGUCUCUCCCCAGUACCGUUACCCGAGCUCAGCUUUCACGCGGUUCUUCCUCCAAAUCUAGUGACCUCACAAGUGGAAGCCAGGACUCCAACUCGCACCGUCCCAGAGUGGAGGCACAAGUCCCACAGCACCAGGAGUCUGGAGGGCUGUAUUGAUGAGGUGGAAGAAGAGUUCGAGUCUGAGGGGACGGACAAGAGAUCGGGCUCUUCUAUUGGGACGGGCGACUCCAUCAAUGGUCCUGCUGUUCCUUGCAUUGAGUCCAGAGAAUGGACGAGCGAGAGCAGUGCGAUGCCAGGCACCGCCAACAAAAGCACCAGUCAUAUCCAGGCGGAGAGCCCGUCUCCUCUCAUUCACUCCAGUGAACCCAACACCAGUCGGGAUCCUGCGCCUCCUCCGCCGCCUCCCAAAAAACACCACCGGGUGUGUAAGCGUCUGAGUGGCAGUAAUAUGGAUCUGGAGAGUGUGGGUCAGCAGGGGUCAGUGGAGAAUCUCAACCAAUCACUGCGAGGAUUGAACUGCUGCAUCACCGCGUCCAGCAACAGUCUGCAGGCGCUCACACACACCGACUCCACCCUCCGCCUCAGCCCCUCCCCAUUUCCCAGCAGCCCGUGUGGCUCCGCCCCAGCCUCGCCGCAGCCUGACACGUUUCCUAGCAACAGCCUGGCCAAUCAGCUGCAGCCGCCUCCGUUACCGCAGAAGAAGCUGGUGAACCGCACCAUCUCUGCUCCGAUCGAGUCGAGUCGCUCGCGCUCGCGUCCGCGCCUGCCCUUCAGCGGCUCCGAGACCAACGUCAGCGAGUCUCUGGAGCGCCGCGCUCCUCGUCUGGGGAUGGUGACGUCCUGCUCGUCUCCGCAGCUCAACACACUGGCCGCCGGCUCCACGCUGCAGCUGCACGCGCUGCUUAGGAACAUGGACAGCCGCGAGGGCAUCUACUCGAAGCUGGGCGGCCUGUACGCCGAGUCUCUGCGCCGGCUCGCGCUCAAGUGUGAGGAGCACUUCACCAGCGGCCAGAGGAACACGCUGAGAUUCGACGAGAGCAACUGGUCACUCUUCAAACUGACCUGUAACAAACCCUGCUGUCUGUCCGGAGACGCCGUGUAUUACUCGGCCUCCUGCGCGUCAGACACUCGAAACACGUACGCCGUCAAGAUCUGUAAAGGCCAGGCUCCGGACAGUAAGCAGACUCAUCUGUACGGUCUGUCGGUGCAGCAGAGCGUCCCGUCUCACUUCAAUCUGCAGCAGGACUGCGGUCACUUCAUCGCCUGCGUGCCGCGGAGCAUGUCCCCGAGCGAGGAGAGCGGUCCGGCCGAGCAGGAGCGAGUGGUGGUCAUCACACGGGACGUCCCGCACCAGACCGUGGCAGAUUUCGUCCGUGAGUGGGAGUCGUUCCACCGCGCCCAGCCGGAGGUUUACGAGCGGCGCGUGUGCUUUCUUCUGCUGCAGCUGUGUGCGGGUCUGGAGCAUCUGAAAGCACACGGCGUCACGCAUCGAGAUCUGUGCAUGGAGAACCUGCUUCUGGUGCAGCGUCCAGAUCCUCAGCAGCACAGCCUCCCUCGCCUCCUCAUCAGCAGCUUCAGCAAAGCCAAGCGCCGCGACGCCGACGAAACCACAGUGUGCGCCGACCCACGACUAAAGCGGGAUCACGCUCGGCUCGCGCCUGAGAUCGUCUCGGCGGCGCAGUACCGCAAAUUCGACGAGUUCCAAACCGGCAUCCUGAUCUACGAGCUCCUGCACCGCCGAAACCCGUUCGAGGCCACGCCGGGCAAAUGCGACUACAGAUGCGAGGAGCUGCCGCUCAUCCCCGGCGCGUCCAUCUACUCGGCCGGCCUGCAGAGACUCGCUCACCUGCUGCUGGAGCCGGACCCUGGACGCCGCAUCCACAUUCGGGACGCCCGGAGCGUCCUGCAGGCGCUGCUGUGGGGGCCGAGGAGAGACCUGCUGGAGCACAGCACCACGGAGCCCAGGGACCACGGCCUGCUCAACUGGCUGGACGUGAAGCGUGCGCUGCUCAUGAUGAAGUUCGCCGAGCGCUCGCUGGAGCCGGAGAGGAACGCCGAGCUGGAGGACUGGCUCUGCUGUCAGUACUUCUCCAGCGCUAACCCCAGAUCCCUGUGUCAGACGGCAGAGCUGCUCUACAGCCUGCGCUUCACAUACUGAACCACGCACGUAUUACACACACACUCUGUCUGAGAGAUGUCC